AUGUUGAGCGCAGUGCGAUUUGCGUUUGCCACCUUGGCAGUCAUCCACGUGGUGACUGCCACGGACUCGGAAUGUCUGGAGGCGGAUUGCGGCGUGGUUGAGGACGAAACUCCACUGCUGGACGUCCAGCUCCUCCAGAAAUCAUUGCGCCUAACUCCCUCAAAGCCGUCGGCCUUAGAGACAGUAGCGGCUGAUGGUAGCGUCGCUGCUAGGGAGGCUGGGGAGGCUGACAUCCACCCCCUGGAGGAGCAUUCACUCCUGCAGACUUCCAUCGAGGUCGCGGAAGCGGAGAACUUGACCGAAGUCUUGGGAAUGGACGGCUGGCGUCUGCGCCCAAAUGCUAGCUGCUUUGUGGAGGGCCUGCUGCCGGUUUCUGGCACGAAGUCAUUGCUGGUUCAGCUCGGAACCGUGCAUGAGCUCUCCAACGAAGUCGAGCACACCUCAUUCUCGAUCACGUCCUUCCUCUUUGCGGAUUCGAAGCAGCUUAGGGCCACCCUGUUGUUGUCCAUCUACGUUGCAAUCUACUUCUUCUCUGUUGUCAGCAUGUACUACCACAUGACGACCGUGCGACCGGUGGGCAAGGGGACACCACUCCCCGGCUAUAACAAAAGGGAAACCUGUCCCGAAGACGAGAUUUUGCAGAGCCAUUCGUACUUGAGUUGGCUGUGCGUGACCUGGUUGAGCCCCAUGGUGGCUCGCCUAGGACACUCUUGGAACAGUGCGAUGUCGAAGUGCAGCCCGGACGAGGUCCCUCCUGUGAACGGGCCGGAGUUCCAGGCCUUCCGCCAGUGCGAGAGAUUCGAGGCCCUCUGGGACGAGGAGGUGCGCACGCGUGGUCAAGAGGAGGCGAGCAUACUCCGAGUGGUCUGCAAGCUGUGGGGGUACCAGCGGCUGUUCUGGUUCCACAUGUCGCUUUUCGUGCAUGUGGUCCUCGGCAAUCUGUACCAAGUCUUCCUGAUUCAGAUGUCCCUGAGCUACUUCUUCUGGCUGCAGGAAGAGGUGCAUCAGAACAACGGCCAACUCCCGGACAUGACCAAGCCCAUCUUGGUGUCCAUCGCAGCCUUCUCGGCACAGCCACUUGUCUUCGCCGUCCUGUGCUCGUUGGAAGCCAACCUUUCUAUGAAGUUCGACCAGUGCAUCGCCGGUGUGGCCGUGGCUAUGUUCAAGAAGACGCAGCGUCUGCCGGCAUCCGUCCUCAGCCAAGACAAGCCGGUCGGAUCCGAGGACCAACACCAACUGGCCGAGAAGGUGUCCAAGAAGCCCAAUGCGAUGAUGACGAUCAACAAUGACGUGAUCGGCAACUUCCAUGGGCUGACGUUCAACGUGUCUUUGACGAUCAACGCCACAGUGACAGUGGCCGUUCUGCUCGUGCUCAUGGCUUUCAAGCUGCGCUUGGCCACACUCUUUUGCCUGGCGGUGGCAAUCCCAGCCCUCACCGUGUCGGUGAUCCUCAGCGGAGCGAUGGGGAUCAACAUGAUGCAGUUGCAGGAUGUUCAGGACAAGCGCGUCUACUUGCUCCGAGAAGUCUUGAAGGGCAUUCGCAUCGUCAAGUGUUAUGCCUGGGAGUCCGCGAUGGAGGAACAGAUCAAGAGGAUUCGUGGCAGAGAGUUGUCCAUGCUGGGAGUCUACUUCAGGCUUUGCAGCCAUUUCGUCGUUCUCUUCAAUCUCUUUCCGAGGUUGCUGACAGCUGCUGGUCUUUGGGGCUUCCUGCACCUGUACGGCAGCAGCGACCUGGCCUCGAUCUUCGCUUGCUUGCAGAUCCUGGCUUCUUUGAGGGCGGAGAGCUCGACGCUGUCUGGAGGCAUUCAGCGUCUCAUCACCGUCCGCAUCAGUGCCAUCCGCGUGGAGAACUAUCUGAAGCAGGAAGAAGCACCGGUUCUCCCAGGAGUCAGUGUCCCAAAGUGGGUGGACAUCUGGCCCAGGACGCAGAGUGACGGAGGCGCACAGCCCAGCUUCAAGAUCCGCGGUAGCUACCUCUUCUGCCGCGAGAAGCCUUCGGAGGUGGCAUUGCACGACCUCAAUCUGGAGGUGAAGAAGGGUGAAAUGGUCGCGCUCGUGGGCGGCGUCGGAUCUGGGAAAAGCUUGCUUCUGGAAGCCGCUCUCGGAGAGCUUCAUCCUGCCUCGGAAGAGAAGGCCUUCCUGUCUCGGCCGCAUGUGUGCGGGUACAGUGCCCAAGUGCCCCACAUCGCGGAGGGCACCGUUCGGGACAACGUGGUGUUUGGUCAGGAAUUCAACGAGGAGAGGUAUCGACAGGCCGUCGCUGCUGCCGGCCUCGAGAGCGACCUAAAGCUCCUGCCAGGUGGAGACGAAGCUUUCAUUGGUGCUCGUGGCAUCAGUUUGUCUGGCGGUCAAAGAGCACGUCUUUCACUGGCGAGAUCAGCAUACAAUGAAAAAGCUGAGCUGGUGCUUCUCGAUGAUCCUUUCGGCUCCGUCGAUGCUCCGACAGCCUUGGGCAUCUUGGAGGAUCUGCUCUGCGGCCCUCUGCUGAAAGAUCGGGCUCGUAUCGUGGCCUUGCAGCCCGAAGUCGAGCGCCUCAGAAAGUUUGAUCGCGUGUUCGUCAUGUCAAGAGGCCGCAUCGUCGCCUCCGGUAAGCCCAGCGAGGUCGCUGAGACGGAAGAAUUCAAGCAGCUCCUCCGAAGCAGCGCGUUGGAGGACACUAUGGAGGUGACACCGGUCGGGACCAAGACUGCCAAGGAACAGCGCCCAGCCACUGCCGGAGCUCCGGCCCCGGUCCCGGCGACGAGUCUGCGCGAGAGCGAAGCCGAAGGCCGUCCGACUUGGGAGAUGGCGAAGAGGUACAUCGACGUCGGCAGAUGGAGGAACAUGGUCAAUGCGAUGAUCUUCUAUUCCAUGGUGCUCUUCAUCUUCUUGCUUUGCGACAUCUCCCUUGCCAAUUGCACCAAUGCCCUGGCGCUGGACCCGACUGUGGCGACCGGGCCGUACUUUGGUGGCUACCUGUUCUGGAUGGUCAUGGGCAUCUCUGGGCUGUACAUCGGCUGGAUCUACGGGGCAGGCUUUUCCUUGCGAAUCUCGCACUUCAUGCAUGGAAAUGUGGUGCACCAGCUGCUCCAUGCCCCCAUCGAUCGCUUCUUCGACAAGCAGCCGGUGGGCCGCAUCAUGAACCGCUUGACGAUGGACAUGGCAACGAUUGACCUCUACUUGUUCAUGAAGGUGUCCGGCAGCAUCAUGAUCUUCUUCCAGACACUUGUGCCGCUGGCGUACAUCCACUUCAUCAUGCCCUGGUACAUGUCAGUCUUUGCGUUCCCCUUCUACUAUGUGGUCUUCGAAUUGUAUCUGCGCUAUCAAAACACGGCCGUUCCCCUGCGUUACUGCUUCAAGACGUCCUCCUCCAUCACGCAGAGUCACCUGUCAGAUGUGAUGACCAACACUGUGGUGGUGCGUGGAUUCGGUGAGCAGAAUCGCAUAGCUGUUCAGUAUGCUGCUUGCGUAGACAACUCGGUGAAGGCGGACCUCACCGACGACAGGCUGAUGAAGCGCUGGCUGUGCAACCGUGUCAACUACCUCUGGACCUUUUACAACGCGAUCACCUACAUCAUCGGCCUUUACAAUGCUUCAUGGCUGGGCCCGGGAACCCUGGGCAUUGCCUUGACAAACUUGCUGUUGCUCGAGACAAUGAUCGAGCCCAGCCUGGAGAUGAUGGCGGGCGCCCUCUUUGAGCUCAUCGCGCUUGCCCGUGUUCACGAGUACACGUCCGUGACGCAGGAAAAGGCGAUGACCACUCCGGAGGAUGCCAAGUUGCGCAACUACUCCGUCCGGUUCUACCGCGCAAAAGCCACUCCGCUCACGGUCCGUGAAGUGAACGACAGGAUUGAGGUCCUCGCGAACGGGAAGACGCUGCUUCACUCAACGCCGGAUGGACGUGCCCUCAUGUUGGCGGACAACAGCAGCGAAUGCAACAUCGGCAGGUUUCAGGAGCUGUGCCCAGUGUGUGCCGAGCUGAACCAAAUUCCCAGCUUGCACCACAUUGUGGCCGUCAAUGAUGCCUCCGGCAGUGCGAAGGACGUCGCGCAGGAGCUUUGUCGGCAUCCGCGGAGUUUCAUGACGGCAACGGCCUUCACGACGCAACCGCAGGUCGUCAUCGAGUUCCAGAGCAGCUGGCUUUCUGACGGAGCGCGGUUGGACAUUCAGGAGCUGCGUGCGGGCUAUGCGGAGGUGCCUCAGGAUGUCCUGAAGGGCGUGACCUUCAGUGUCGAGCCGCGCAUGAAGGUGGCAGUCGUUGGCACCACCGGCUGCGGAAAAUCCAGCAUGUUGCUGGCGCUGCUUCGCAUCAUUGAGCCUCGCGGUGGGAAGAUCGUCAUCAAUGGAAUCGACACCCAGGAGAUCGGCCUGGCCACACUGCGCAGUUCUCUGGGUCUGGUGCCACAGGAUCCCAUGCUCUUCACGGGCACUCUGCGGCACAACCUGGAUCCAUUCAAGGUUUACACUGAUGGCCGUAUCCGGAAAGCUGUGAAUUUGGCGCACUUGGAGAGCUUUGUCAACACCUUGCCUCUCGGCCUGGAUCAUGUGGUGUCAGAUGAAGGUGGCAAUCUCAGCUUCGGGCAGCGCCAGCUGCUGUGCUUGGCACGCAUGGUGCUGAGGCAGCCGGCCCUGCUGCUACUGGACGAGGCGACUUCUGCGAUUGAUCCGGCCACGCAGGAGUCGGUGCAGGAUACCAUCAAUCAUGCUUUCCCCGGCUCCACAAUGCUGGCGGUGGCCCACCGCCUGGAGACUAUCAUGGAGUUUGACCAAGUCGUAGUCCUCGACUCUGGCAAGGUGGCAGAGGAGGGUGCUGUGAAGGAGGUGGCCGCCCGGCCAAAUGGCAUCUUCAAACGCAUGCUGGAUGCGAAAGAGAAAUGGUGA